AUGGCAAAGCGCGGCGACGCCGGCGCCGACGCAGCGGCCGUGAACCUGGACGACAUCGACUUCGACGAGCUGGACGACUACCUGGAGCUCUUCCAGCAGGACGGCGUGAUCAAGGAGGCGCUGUCCAAGGGCGUGGAUCUGCGCGAGUACGCGCAGCAGAUCGAGCAGGAGCUGCGCGAGGCCGAGGCGGCGUCCGUAGCUCAGUACGUCGUGAAGUCCGCCGACAUCGUGGAGCUGCACGACGAGGUGCAGGACUGCGACAACCUGCUGGCCAAGAUGCAGGAGAUGCUGCUGGGCUUCCAGGCCGACCUGGGCGGCAUCAGCGACGAGAUCCGCCACCUGCAGGACGAGUCCAUCGGCAUGAACGUCAAGCUCAAGAACCGCCGGGAGACAGAGGAGAAGCUGCAGACGUACCUGGACCAGGUGGCGGUGGCUCCGUCCCUAGUGAAGACCAUUGACGAGGGGGAAGUCAAUGAAGCCUACCUCCACGCUCUCGUGACGCUCAACGGGAAGCUCCGCUACGCUGCGUUGAGCGACCCGGACCCGUCGGGCUCCAGCUUCGACCUGGUGCCGUCGCAGACUGCGGCGUUCUCAGAUGUGGAAGCUCAGCUGAAGAAGCUGAAGGCUCGAGCGAUUGCAAGGAUCAGAGAGUUCCUGCUGGCCAAGAUGAACGAGGUGAAGAAGCCCAAGACCAACGUGCAGAUGGUGCAGCAGAACACGCUGCUGCCUAUGAAGUACCUCGUGACGUUUUUGGCGGAUAACGCGCCGGAAGUGGAGGAGGAGUUCCGUGAAGUGUACGCGGAGGCGAUGAGCAAGACGCUGGUGAAUGUGUUCCGAUCGUACCACACUGGGCUGAUGAAGUUUCACGAGGAGGUGGCUGCUCGCACGGAUGUUAUUGUGGUGGAUGAGCAGUCGCUCAAGGGGAUCUUCAGCUCUCGCGUGAACUUGAGCAAGCGCAAUGACACCUUCUCUGUCACGGAGCGCGAGAAGAUUUUGGAGACUGCAUCAACCCCGCCUCUGAUUUUGCAUGUGGCGCAGCAGGAAGGGUUGAAGCUGCCCUACGAGGCUGUUUUCCGCAACGUACAGCAACAUUUGAUGGACUCGGCGACGUCGGAGUAUCUCUUUUUGAUCGAGUUUUUCAAGCCCAGCAACCAACAAGAAAAUGUGUUCCGCAGCCGGGACCUUUUUCUCCGUGUUUUUGCCAAGACGCUGUCUCUGUGCCUCGAGAACAUGGAGAACUACCUCUUUACGUGCUACGACGCUAUCGGACUGCUUCUCAUGAUCCGGCUAACGUACGCUCAGAGAUUGGUGAUGGAAAAGCGCCGCAUCCCGUGCCUGGACGCUUAUUUCGAUCGCGUGGCGCUGCUGUUGUGGCCGCGGUUCAAGGCCGUCUUCGACCUCAAUCUGAUGAGUGUUAAAAAUGCGAAGGUGAAGAAGCUGGGGCCCAUCGACCUCCACCCCCACUUUGUGAUUCGACGGUACGCGGAGUUCGCUUCAUCCAUUCUCAGCUUGAGCCUCUACACGCAACAAAACCAGUCUUCCAAGUCUGGCAGUGAUGACUCGGCUAUCUCGAGCGCCCAGAUGCAUGAAAAUGGCGCGGGUGAUAUGGUCCUCAGUAAUUUGUGUGCCAUGCGCGACGAGAUCCUUAGCUUGCUGACGCGACUGUCCGAACAACACUCGAAUGCGAAAGACAAGUGCGUAUUCCUCAUUAACAACUACGACCUUGUGCUCACACAUUUCGAGGAGCGACGAGUGAUUUCCGACGAGACGUCAAAGUUUGAAGAGCUCCUUGCUGGGCAGCGUGAAAAGUUUGUGGAGGAAGAGCUCAUGACGUACUACGCGAAGCUCAUCCAGUUCGUUCGCCAGCACGAACAAGUUACAUUAGGUAAAGGAGCGAGUGGGGCAGCUACCGCGGGAAGCCAGCAAGUGGAUACGGCGCAGAUCGAAAAGAUCGUGCGUGAGUUUGCCGCAACGUGGAAAGCUGGAAUCGAGAAGAUGAACGGAAACGUCAUGACAUUCUUCGCUAACUUCCGCAACGGCAUGGAGAUCCUGAAACAAGUGCUGACGCAGUUGCUGCUCUACUACACGCGAUUCGUGGAGACGGUCAAGCGGAGCUACCAACGGCCGCCCCCGUUUAACUCGGAAAUUGUUACAACGCAGGAGAUCUUGUACGAGAUCAAGAAGUAUAGCCGAUCGUUUUAG